UGGCUUCAACGAACGCUUUCUCCCGGGGUCACCAACGCGCUCCACAGGAUAUGAUGUCAAAAGCCGGCCCGUGCUUUGUUUAUCUUGGGCUGGAACAGGGGCCAGGGCACCAGACGGGCCACGUGCAAUCAAACAUGGAUGAUGGGAAGACCGCAGCUCCGGAAUUCCCCCACCUCCCUCGCCUCCAUCAUAACGAUGCCAAGCAGUUUUAGGAUGAUGGAGGCGGACUCUCCACAGAAACCACCGCCUACGGCUGUUACUUAUGAGAUUAGGCUACCUGAGUACAGGCACCCCGGGGAGCCAGAGCAUUACCGCCUCGCAGCUUCUCGAGCCGGGGCCAAUCGCGAGUUAGAGUCUCGAACAACAACACCGGUCUUAACAUUCCGAUCGAACAAGGACUUCUGGUUCAGGACCCGCUACAUCUCCGCCAUUGCUAUAGCUCUCUCCCACCUCCACCCGCAUACUCUCGAACUGCAGAUUCGCCCGUCGACGGUAGCUAGCUUGAUCGAAUCUUGCGUCAAUUUCCUCUCUGGUUUCAUUCAGUCCUGGGCACAAGCUGCCUUUCCUGAAUGGUUCCUUCCUGCCCGCGUGGUUCUCAAACAACAAAAAGUGGGCGAGGAGGAAAUGAUCAUGGCGGAGCUGUUUGACACCGAAUUGAAAGCGUACGGCCUGCUGAAACCCUUGCAAGGCGUGGUCGUCCCGACAUGUUUUGGCCAACUACACUAUCACGGUACAAGGGCCCUACUCCUCGGAUAUCUUGGGGGUGUCUCCCUAUCUUCGCCCGAGGGUGCAACGCUAAGAUUGGAGGAACUGUCAGCCCUGCUGCAGCCCUGCUACCGAGCACUUCACGCCUUUGGCGUACACCAUGACGACCCUAACCUGUCCAAUUUCCAGCUUGUGAAUGACGGAAAGAUCAUGGUCCUCGAUCUUGAGAACGCCGUGUUUGGUUUGUCUGCGGAUGACCAGGCCUUUUUCCUGAAGACGAGUGUUGAGCAUUUGGCGGGGAGGGACCGGAGCAUGCAGGCGUAUUAUCGAAACGACGGAUCGUUGGAAGCGGCAUGAGAAGUAUUUUUGUGAGUACAAGGGAGAGGAACAGCUCGUGUAGUAUCGGCUCUCCAACCUACGUAUCAGGUUUAAUCAACAUGGUUUAUAA